AUGAAACCACCAUCGUUUAAACGAGGAAUUGAACCAAUGAACGCUGAGGCAUGGGUGUUAGGGAUAGAAAAAUUGUUCAAAGUUUUCCUUUGUACUGAAGUUCAAAAGGUGCAACUUGCUGCUUUCACUCUUGAAGAUGAAGCACGGAGGUGGUGGAUGCUUACAAGAACAAUGCACCAGGGGUUGACAUGGGACAGGUUCUUGGCGCUGUUUUAUGAUAAAUAUUUUCCCCAGAGUAUACGAGAUAAGAAGGUGACUGAAUUCGAAACAUUGAGACAAGGAAACAAAACUGUUGCCGAAUAUGAAGCUCAAUUCGCAGAGCUAGCCCGGUUUGCACCUCACAUGGUAGAUGCGGAAUAUAAGAAGGCGUGGAAAUUCGAAGGAUGA